AUGAUUCAAGUCGAAACUUAUAAGCGUCCAUCGCCGUCGCCUUCACGAAGUUCAGUUCGAAGCGAUAGUCGUGUGUUCCGUCAACCGAGAGUUAUCCAAGUGAAUCGCGAUGCUUCCACUAUGGUGGAAAGCGAGGCCAGUGGGCCGGGAGGCGUGACCUCCGCGGCUGCCGCCAGUCUACCCACUGACUGGGAAACGCGACUCACUCAGAACGCUGCACAUUUUCGUUCACGUACUCUCAGCGAUGGCUUUAUAAGGAAUACUAGUCUUGAACUGUUACUUGGUGUCGAUUGUGAAGCUUGUCUUGCACUAGCCGCUCAACGACAAUGUCUAGAUGAACACAUAUCGAAACACGACUUUGAUUUAGUUUGUAAUUGUAAUAUUCAACAAAACAAUUUUGUAAAUUGUCAUCGAAAUGUUGAUCAGAGGGGCCACACUCUUAGUAUCUACGAUCUAGAAAGAAUCAAACGGGGUUCAAGCCGAAAUCAGCUACAUUUAGGAUCACAUCGCAGUCUGGACAGAAAAUUUAAUAAAAGUAAAACAAUUGGAGUUUCAAAUUAUAUUUCAAAACAGUUAAUAUCGUAUGACCCAAGAAAUUCACUUGUGCAAAAAAUAAAAAGAAAGUUAUCUAAUUUGAAAAAGAUGGGUGGGGAAGCAAUUUCAAAAAAACAGCAAAAUACUGUCCAAUUGGCGGAGAUAACAUCAGGGUCGAUGGGCUCUCUCAAGAGAGCGUCGAUGUUAUCACUAGCAGACAAGUCGCAAAGGCGGGUUAAUAGUCAAAGCUGUAUCUUUGCUUCCCCGGGUUAUCAAUCCAAAGAUGAUUUAAAAAGCAAUACUUCAACAUACGCAAAUUUUUCUGGAAAUGUGGACCAAUGUUUCGACAAACUGAGAGAUUAUAAUGUAAGUGCAGAUAUACACAGGAGAAAUUCACAAAAAAAUGUUAAAAUGAGAAGUUUUGAUAAUGACAUCUUAGUCACGAGAAACUCACCAGCUUUAGAAAGAACAAAGUAUUCCACUCUAGACAAUCGCAGUCGGUGUAAAAGUAUUAGAAGGCAAAUGUCAUAUAACGAUUUUCCAAGUGAACGAGUUAGGGAUAGAUCGUCAGAGACAUGGACGAGGGACGACAACACAAUGGAGUCGAGAAGUACUCGCAGUGAUUUAAUGGAUGACGAUGCACAAACGUUUCUAGAUGCCGACGCGAUUGGUAUGGCGGGAUCGCGCACCACACACGCACAUUGCACCUGCGACCCGGUUACCGAUACUAGAUUACCAUCAAUAUUUUAUGAUACACACGGUCAGAAGCGAUCGACACCAGCUCCUGAUGUAACUGAACGUGGUGCUGGUGGGCGUGUGGCAGCUUGCAAUGCCUGUAAGUCUCCGCAAUGGCUACCCACAGGCACCAUGUCUACUACCAGCCAUAGCUCCACCACGACUGGAAACUCCUCACGUUUAUCAGUGUGGCAUCGACGAUGGUGCUGCGUAGCGAUUCUAGUGCUGGUGGCCGGUACAGCGUGCGUGGCUGGUCCCCUCGCACUUCGGGCGCCCCCUGGAGCCCCACUUCACGAAAGAUUACGACUUGCUGAACGAAUGCUACACGACACUCCACUUGUGGAUGGACACAAUGACCUGCCUUGGAAUAUAAGGAAGUUUCUACACAAUAGGAUUAAGGAUUUUAAUUUCGACGAAGACUUGCGGACGAUUUCUCCAUGGGCAACCAGUUCUUGGAGCCACACAGACCUGCCUCGACUGAAACAAGGCAGGGUAGCUGCGCAGUUCUGGGCGGCGUACGUGCCUUGCGAUGCACAGCAUCGGGAUGCAGUGCAGUUGACUUUUGAACAAAUUGAUCUGAUACAGAGGCUCACGGAGAAGUACCAUCCUCAGCUCACUCUAUGCACCACCGCUGAAGAUAUAGUGUCAGCGCACAGCAACCACCGGUUGUGUUCACUGGUGGGCGUCGAGGGGGGCCACGCAAUCGGUGGAUCCCUAGGAGUUCUCAGAACACUCUACCAAGUAGGAGUGCGGUACCUCACACUGACUUCUACCUGCGACACUCCGUGGGCUGAAUGCGCGUCAGCUGACAAGAUAGAACCCUCGCUGCGAGGUGGACUCACCCCAUUUGGAAAGAUUGUGGUGAAAGAAAUGAAUCGCUUGGGUAUGCUGGUGGACCUGUCUCACGUGUCAGAGCGUACGAUGCGGGAUGCAUUAGCCGUCUCGCGAGCGCCAGUACUCUUUUCACAUUCCUCGGCCCGAGCUCUAUGCAACGUGACCCGCAAUGUUCCGGACAGCGUGCUCCGACUUUUAGCUGCCAACAAAGGCCUCAUCAUGGUCAACUUCUACACAUCGUUCCUCACGUGCAAAGACACUGCGACUGUUCAGGACGCUAUUGCUCACAUUAAUCACAUAAGGGAUGUUGCCGGUGUGGACAGUGUAGGCCUUGGCGCUGGAUACGACGGCAUCAAUUAUACACCUCAGGGAUUGGAGGACGUAUCAUCCUACCCCUUGCUCUUCGCUGAGUUAAUGGAGGAAGGGUGGACUAUAGAAGAGCUUAGAAAAUUGGCUGGAUUGAAUCUGCUGCGUGUAAUGGGUGCAGCCGAGCAAGUUUCCCGGGAGCUCGCUUCUGCGCACGUCGCGCCAUAUGAAGACGUACCACCGAAACAAAUUGAUAGCCACAACUGUUCAAGCCAGGACCUUUAA